AUGGAAUUCCCAAGUAAUCUUCCAGACCUAGCCAAGACGCCCAAGUGCACACGAUGGUCGCCCAGCGGAGCUGCCAAGCGCACACCUUUGUGGGACGAUGAUGGCAUUGCUGCUUUGUUUCGGUUGCGGUACAAGUCUCAGCUGUCUGCGCGGUUUUACUCGAAGAGCAACGCCGACAAGAAGACUGCUUACGUGAUGCUGGCUGCCGAGCUAAGCGUGGUCACGGAGAAGGAAUACUCUGUCGCUCAAGUGCAAGACAAGAAUGCGAAGAAGAAAUGA